AUGCUAUGGAAGAAACAGUCAACAAAGGAGGUUUUGGAGCAGAUACAGAAGGAUGUAUUGCAAAUUGAGGAGUAUGGUGCAAACACACAGCAGCGGCAGAAGAGGCUAGUGGGUAGCCUGGUCCUCUACUCUGCCAUUUUCUACCUGAUUGCGGUCGCUGUUUUCUACUUCUACUACUUCCCUCCACAGCUGCAGGAACGACUUCUCUAUGCCACCCCUUUUAUUGUGUUCCCUUUCCUAAUAUACUUGCUGAAGAGGUUGCUGUCAUGGUACUACCGGCGGAAGAUCACAAAGAACGAGCUGAAGCUGAAGAGCCUUCGGGAGCGGAAGGAAAAGAUCCUGGAACAGGUGAUGGAAACAGAAACUUACAAGGUGGCUAAGGAGAUCCUUGAAACUUAUGCCCCAGACCAACUACGGAAGAGCCAGGUGCUGAAGCCCCAGCCAGUGGUGCAAACUCCAGCUCAGCGGAUGCCCUCCCCGAGCAGCCAACAGUCAGAAGUACGAAAAAGAUUGGUGAAUUCUGGAACCACUUCACCCCCUGGCCCUCCGGCAGGGUUAGUUCGGCCCACAGUUGCACCGAGUGGGUUGCAUCAGACACCAGGAUUCCCUCCCAGACCCCAACUCUUAGCACAGUCUGCACCCACCAGGCCAGGUAUUGGUAGUACGAGCCCCCACCGUGUGUCCCCUUCCCCCGCUCUUACCCAUGGACCCCCCAGCCACAGCCACCCCAUGAGUGCCAGCGUUCCCCCUAGCUACAGCACACCUGCCUCAAUCCUGCACUCACAUCCUGCACGUCCAGAUCCCUCAAGCACUGGAAACGGCCCUCCUGGCCCCCCCAUGCCACGGCCAGUGCUGCCGAGGGAACGGGGCUACUUUGACCGUUUUGUGGAGUACCUUGUAGGUGAUGGCCCAGCCAACCGCUUUGCCCUUGUGUGCCGCCAGUGCGAAUCACAUAAUGGCAUGGCACUGAAAGAUGAAUUUCCAUAUUUGGCUUUCCGAUGCGCUUACUGCUAUUAUUGGAAUCCUGCUCGAAAACAGCGUCCAAGUGCACCUCGGCUGGAGGACCUGACCCCACAGCCUCCACCUUCUCUCUCAGUACCAGAGGAUCAGGAAGAGGAUGAGGAGGAUGAUGAUGAAGAGGAAGAGGAUGAGGAGGAACAAGAAGAGCAAGAAUCUUCAUCAGGGGAGGAGGAAGAGGAGGAGGAAGAGGAGGAGGAAGAUGAGGAGGGUGGAAUGGAUGAGGAAGAAUCAGGAGGCAGCAGCUCUGGGGAUGAGGAGGGAGCUGCAUCAUCAUCUGAGCAGUCAAGCGCAAAACCCACAUCCAGCCAGGAAGCAGGUUCCUUGGAGGACGUAGCCAAGUCAACUCCAUCGUCCAUCACGUCCUCUGACCCCAGUACCUCCGAUGAUCACCUCCAGCAACCCAACUGCCAUGCCAACUCCUGCACCACUGCCUCUUCCACCACCACCACCACACCCUCUUCAACCACAGAGAAUGAGGAGACAGAGUGAUGCUGCUGUCUUGUGCUGCCGUUUUACUCUGUUUACCCUGAGCUCUUAGAUCUGCUGACUGUGGUGUCCUUCUGUGCUGCUGCUGAUGCUGUUUAGACUUGCUUUUCUGUGGUAGCUCCAUGCUCUUUACCUCCCCUUCUACUUCUCAUGCUAGCAGGUAGCCAUUACUGAAGCCUGAUAAGUAUUUUCACAGGACAUGAUCUUUCCUUUCCCUGAAAGAUACAAGUGAUGGAUGCAUAAACUAGUUACAUGACCUGGCCCAUCUCAAGGUUCUGCCUGAAUUAAAAAUCCUUCCCUGACCUUGCCAACUCCUGCCUGCUCCUGUCUGCCUAUCCCAAGUGAUAAUUAACCCAUGCCAGUUACCAUACUGAUAAUUUUUUGUUCAUUAAUGAAGUGCUUUCUCCAUGUUAUACAGCCUUCCUUUGUAGCUAUUACCCAAAGAGUCAUGUACCAGCCCUAUGACCUUUUAUCCCUGGUGUUUACAUUUACAGAUUUUUGCAACAGUAACAGGAGAAUCAUUUCCCCUUUCCCAGUCCUUUUCAUGUGUCCAGUGAACUGAGUUGUGUGUUUAUCAAGCUCUAAUGCUUAGUAGGUGUUUAUUCAAGCUCUGAUACUUUGUGAUUGAUGGGCAUAUGAAUGAUUUCUCAUUGAAGGUUAAGGGCUUUAGGAUGAAAGUAUAUGUAUGAGUUUCAAUAAACAGUCAUUUCAGAGAAGAGAUCCAUAAGAGACCAGUUCAGUGUUGAUUCUGGUACUCUCUUUCUUUGUGUGUGUUUGGGUUGGUAUAUGUGUGUGUGUGUCUGUGUGUGCGGACACUUGGAAGUGUGUUAGAGCUUGUUUUAAUAUGUUUGAGGUGGUGAUAAAAUUACAGGAUAACUUGAAAGUUUACUGUAGCUCUCUUAGUUGUCCUGCAGUUUGAUAUGUUUGCUAGCCAAGGAGCCAGAUCUUAGGCUAUAUGCUUCACCCUUUGCUCACAUGCAGGUGCUAUUAGUAUGUUUGUGGCUGGUUAUCAACACAUGUACCUCGUCUCACCUUGACACAACAGUCAGUAGUCAACCAGAUACUUGUCAGAUCUGCUUUAGUGUUUCCUCCAGCCUCUCCACAUCUUUGUCUCUCUCUGCUCACAGGGCUUGAGGGGACGAGGGACAAAGGCACUGGAAGGAACAUGCUCAAAGCACUUCCAGUUUUCAUUUCUGUACUUGAGGGUUUUACUGAAAUGAUUUAAUUAUCUUCUUUUCCUACUUGCUGUACUCUGCAGAGAUGAUCACACACCUGUCCGACGGUUUGUGCUGCUUCCAGUUCUAUAUGAUGAUGUGAAGUAAGAAUGAUUCUUUGAGUCUUGAUCAUCCAUUAGUGUUGGUAGAAGAUUUGUUGAUGUAAUGAACUCUGUUGGUUGCAUUGCUGUGAGACACAUUGUGUAUCAAGUGGAAACCAAGAGAAGUAGAUUAUGUUGGAAUUAUUGGUUAAUUGGAUGGAGAAAAGGAAUGAAUGCACUCUACUAAGAAAGAUAUUAAUUGACUUCAGACAAUGAAGAGAAGAACAACUUUAUAAUCUUCCUUUUGGUACUGUUAGAUUUUGAAGUUGAAAGAUAAUACAAAUUUUGGUCUAAAUUAUUUCCAGAUUCUGUGAAUUUUGUUUUGCUCUAAUGUACCAUGUUUCUCUCAUCUUUCACACACCAUGAAGCUCUGUACUCUGAGUAAUCCAAGGAUACUUGUAAACUAUUGCAAUACAUCAUUUUCUGUGACUAUAAAGAUUGCAAAAUCACAUUUAUUGCAACAACAAAAACAACACAAUGGGCAGUGACAAACACCAUGAUAGGGGUGAAGUUAGUAAUAUCACAGCUGAAAUUGAUGCUUAAUGAUGCUUAUGCAAUCAGUGAUAACAGAAUAUAACUUGCCAGAUCAGAAGAAAUGGUGCCAAUCAGUUGUAUUUUUUGUGACGAAAAAUAGGUUAACAGACGUAGAUGAAACAGUAUUUCAUAAGAUGGCCCACUAAAUCCUACUUCAGUAUGCGAAUAAGUUCAGAGAAUGGUACAUACAGAGUUUAGAAAGAAAAAGCUGUCAGAAAUCUCUUUGGGGUGCAAGUAGAUAACAUGUAGAUGAUCACUUUGUGUAAGGAACUGUGCUUUUAUAUCUUUUAUUUUUGAAUAAACAUUGUCACAUUUAAGGCAUUGGGGAUAGGAGUACAGACCUCGCUGAUGCUGUAAUAGCAAGGGUUUUUUGUGAAAAUGUUUUUGGUAAACAGUCACCCAUUUUUGAAAAAAAGAAAAGAUUAGAAAAUAAUAUUGAUAAAUGUUGUACAGUUUCCCUCUCACUAGAAACACAGGGCCAAGAGUAACUUGUAAUGCUGAUACGCAUUUCUUUUAUUUUACUAUGUUGAGUAGGUGUUUGUAAAGUGUGGAUUAAGUGUCAUAGCACUCGUCAGUAGCACAAAUGUGGCAUUAGCUCUAGGUCAUGGCAGAUAUGAUAACAUCAGCAGCUUGGGGGACGACCUGAAGUGGCUGGUGGACAACGAAUGAAGAUUGCAGGAGCUUUGCUAGUAUGAUGGAGAGAGUGGUUGAUAGCUGUUGCUUCCUCUUGUAUUGUUACUUCAAUAGCUAACUGGUGAAAAUGUUAAAUAAUUGUCAGGAUGUACUCAUACUAUAAUUUUGUUACUUUUCUACCUUCUACCAUUUUACUAUGGUCAUUUUGAAAAUGAUCACCACCACAAAGCUAAAAUAUCUGAGUUGGAGUGAAGGUCUCUAAUGGCACUUGGUUCAUUCAUUGUCCAUGAUAAGAUCAUGGAAUCAGGAAAUAAGGAAUAAGUAAUGUAUAAAGAGAAGUACAAGCCUAGUGGAAUUUGCUGUGUUUUGGAUAUACAUUUUUUAAAGUAAUACAAAAAUAGGUGUAAAAUAACUGGUGCAUACAAGGGCAAAUGAAAUGAGAAUCAAGCCCAUACUAACAUUACUUAACAUAUCUUUAUUGUUCCUUUUAACAGAAAGCUAAUACAAGUCAUAUUUUCUGUUAAUGUUUUGAAGAGUGUUUGGUGUUAUUGCUCAGAUGGCUUUGACAAGUAUUAGUUCUCAGGUGAAAGAGUUUGUAUCACCUUGGCAAAGAUACUCCCUCUAUCAUCUCACAUGUGGAUGCAGAUCCAAUUUUUCAUCUUUGGUUUUGCAAAUUGAAUCUUGGAUUUUGCAUGUUAUGUGUGUGGACUUUCUGGUUUAGAGCCAAUACUAAUGCUGUACAACUUUCAUAGAUGAAUUUGAUAUAUAUAAAUCUGAAGAUAACUUUGUAAUUGUAGCACUUCAUUGUUGUUUCCAAAUUUAUAGAAAAAAGAAAUAUAGAAAAAAAAAUUAAGUUACAUUUAGAUGAAAUGUUAACCCUUCUUUGUGUGUUAUAGGAAUUAUAUGGUAAUUAUCUUUCCAAAAUAGAGGAAAUGAGCUUAAUCUCGCAAUAUGGACUUAUGAGAGUCUAUUUGUUCUACCAGUAUUAUAAAUGGGUUUCUUAUAUUCAGAAUUGCUACAAUCUGCAGUACCUAAACAUCAUGAUGCUUGAAAUUUGAAAAUAGAAGAGUAUAUUUUCUGAUCUUUUUGGACCUUAUACUUUGAUACUUUGAAUAUUUCUCCCAGGGUUUUAUUAGACAUCUCAGAGUUUGACCUAAAAUGGGGUUUUGUGCUAAAAGCAUUCUGUGCAAUAGACAGAAGUGCAGCCAUUGUUAUCUAAUAAGAAAUCCAUGGUCACUGGUGCAUACUUCAACUUGCAAUAUUUACCAUUUGGUAGAGCUAACAUGAUGUACAAAUGAUCUUGUUUUCUAGUACUUUGUAUCUACAAAAAUGGCUACACUUUUUUACAAAAAGAUAUGUUGAAAUAUUGAUAAUAUAUUUAAUUUUGCUUUAAAGAUUUAGAUGUGUAGGAAUGUGUUCGUUCUCUAACCUUUAUUCUCCAGAAAUGUUCAAGACGGUCUUUGCCAGGUACAGGGAAAAAGACUCAUAAGACGGAAGUGAAUGAUUUUAGAAAUACAGCAGUUACCUGGCACUGAGCUUGUCACCUAAAGAAUAGGUCAUAGUACAGUAUAGCUGUUUGUGUAAAGCUUGUAAGAGAGUGUACAGGGUGGAGGAAUGUUCACUAUUUCCCCAAAAUGUCAGCUUUGAAGUUUGUAUAAUAUUUCUUGUCACUUUGAAGAAAAUAAAUAUAUAUAAAAGUUCAGUUUAGGAAUUUCUCUUCAUUUAUACUGAAAGGUAGAUCAUGUUUGUUUUAUUCCCAGUUCAUUCCUCACCUGCUGAUGUUAUCUGGAAUGUUAAAGAGUGCCUUAAUUGUGAUUUAGUGUGCAUAGAGGUGAGUGUCUGUAAUACAGUGUAGUAAUGCAAGAAAAGAGGCACAUACACGGGUUGGGGCUUGCAUUUAGCACAAAGGAAAGGUUUUAAUUGUUUUCUUUUGAGGUUCUUACUUGGAUUAAGAGAACAAUCUAGAUAGUACUGUAGCAAUCAAAUGGAUUUUUUGAAUAUUUAAAUGCUAAGCCUGGGAAUUUCUCCAAACCCAUGUCAAUUAGUCAUUUCUUGAAAUAGCUUUCUUUUGAAGUUACAAAACAGUUCAGGAUUUACAUAGAGAUAUAUAAAACUUGUAGAUUAUUUUGUUAUAGUUGUAUUACUUUCUUAGAACAUUUAUAUUUGUAGUUUUAUAUAUUUUUUGCACCUGUUUAGUUUAUUGUUUAAAGGAGUGGUUUAAGGAUUAUACAUGAAAGUAUGCUAUUAAAAUAUCUUAAAUCUCUAUGUAGGUUACAAAGACCAUAGUUGGUCUAAGCUGAACACUGCUUCUCUCAGUAAACUGGUGAUAUUUGU